CGUUUUCGCUCUGUAGUUCCGUCUGUGAACAGUUGCCGUCAGUCUCAGUUAGCUCCCGUUAGCCUGUGUUAGCCUAUGUUAGCCUGUGUUAUCUGAAGUGAAGCUUUAAAGAAUGAGAGACUUUAGUCUGCAGUGAGUCUGUUGACCAAUGAGUCCACACACUGCUGCUAGCUAACACCGCCGCGGCCUCACUAGCUUUAUCUGCGAGCUAACAGCGCUGUUUUCCUGCUGUGUAGCUAGCUUUAGCGGCUAGCUUUAGCGGCUAGCUCCUCUGCUGUUGUCUGCCUGUGGAAAGGAGCCCGCUAACAGUGCUAACCAGCUAGGUGCUGCGUCCGUUAGUGUUGUUGUUCUGAUGAACACAGCGAGGAGGAAACGUUAGCAUGGACACACAGCCGCGGACUCAAUAACAGUUUGAGCUGUGUGAACCGGCUGAGGACCCUUCAGACUCUGAUCUGAGGUCAGAGUUCCACCUUAACUGAGACUGCCGGCCGCCAUGCUGACCUAGAACCAUCUAUUAGUCUGUGUGAGCGCAAUAAUCAGAGACCAUGUCUGAGAACCAGGCCAACAAUAACAACGUCCCUCUAAACAACAACAACAACAACAUGGGACCCAACAGGAUCCGAAACCCCAACAUGAACCAGAAUCCCCUCAUCAAUGUCCGGGACCGCCUCUUCCACGCCCUCUUCUUCAAGAUGGCCGUCACGUAUGCCCGACUCUUCCCGCCAUCCUUCAGGAGAGUCUUUGAGUUCUUCGUCCUGCUGAAGGCGCUCUUCGUCCUCUUCAUCCUCGCCUACAUCCACAUUGCCUUCUCUCGCUCGCCCAUCAACUGUCUGGAAGUUGUGAGGGAGCGCUGGCCUCGUGACGGCAUCCUGCGGGUGGAGAUCCAGAGGAACUCCAGUCGAGCCUCCGUCUUCCUGCAGUACUACGACUCCACAGGCCUCCAGGAGGAGCUGGAGGCUGAGGAGGGGGGAGGAGGAGCAGGAAGCGGAAUGGCAGGACUCAGCCUGGCAGCGCUGCAGGAGGAAGAUGAGGAUGAGGAAGAGAUGACCCUGGAGAUGUUUGACAACAGCUCAGUGCAGUUUGAGCUGGACAUUGAGCCUCGUCUGAAGCCGUCUCUAAUUGGAGGAAGUGUCAGUGGAGGAGGAGGAGGAGGAGGAGGAGGAGGAGGAGGAGUGAACGACAGCCAGGACGUCUCCUUCAGCCAGACCACUAAAGGUAUGCAGCCGCUGAAGGACUCAGUGUCUGAGCUGGAGAUGAUGACCAGAGCAGUGUGGCCUCAGGAGGAGUACAUUGUGGAGUAUUCUUUGGAGUACGGCUUCCUGCGUCUGUCUCAGAGCACCAGACAGAGACUCAACAUCCCCGUCAUGGUGGUCACUCUAGAUCCGAUGAAGGACGAGUGUUUCGGUGAUGGUUUCAGUCGCUUCCUGCUGGAUGAGUUUCUGGGUUAUGACGACAUCCUGAUGUCCAGUGUGAAAGCUCUUGCUGAGAAUGAGGAGAACAAAGGGUUCCUGAGGAACGUGGUGUCUGGAGAACAUUACCGCUUUGUCAGCAUGUGGAUGGCCAGAACCUCCUACCUGGCCGCCUUCGUCAUCAUGGUCAUCUUCACUCUGUCAGUGUCCAUGCUGCUCAGAUACUCUCAUCACCAGAUCUUCGUCUUUAUCGGUUAGUGUCCUUUUUCCAGUCCACAACAUAUCACACAUUAACAGUUGACACUCCUGAUCAUUGUCUAAACCUUAGUGAGCAUUAGUGGACAUUACUGAGCAUUACUGAACAUUAAUGAACAUUAGAGAGUGUUACCGAACAUUGAUGAACAUAAGAGAGCAUUACAGAACAUUAAUGAACAUUAGAGAGCUUUACUGAACAUUACUGAACAUUAUAGAGCUUUACCGAACAUUAUUGAACAUUAGAGAGCGUUACUGAACAUUAAUGAACAUUAGAGCAUUACCGAACAUUGAUGAACAUUAGAGAGUGUUACUGAACAUUAAUGAACGUUACUGAACAUUAAUGAACAUUAGAGAGCAUUA